AUGCAGGUGGCAGCGGGCACUGCAAAGUGGGACACUUUGUAUCUGGUGUGUGUGUUUGUGUGCAGCUUUGCUCAAUCUCCCCAUUCACACCAGGAUGAUAGGUGCUAAGGGUCCAGGGUGUGAAACUGCAGGGGUCAAGCGGUGGGAGCCAAACAUCAGCCACUGACACGUCCUAUCGGAGUUUGAUCCACCGUGUCAGGGAUAGAGUAAAGCCGUACUUCUUACACAACCUCUUAUAGAAGACUACUGGUCUUGAAAAGUUAUAGUAUUGGAUUGUUUCUUACAGAAUGGUGUUUUUCAGUGGAUUGAGGACAUUAAUUAAGUUUUUUUUUGGCUUAUUGCGUGGAAAAUAUAAUGUUUAAUAUAUUAUUUCAAAGAUCAAACACAAUUAAACCUGCUCUCGGUUCGACUUCAGUACAAAACAAAUGAAGUGCUUAUUGAUUUGUACUUUGCGAAUCUUUUGAUUUUCUCUCCGCUAAUUUCAAAGUCUUUGGUAAACCUCAGCACAUGUACUGUAAUUAUCCUGUGAUUGAUUAUAUUGGUCUAAGGUCUAAGAUAUCGUGAGUCUAGAAACUCUGCUAUGAGUCAUCAAGGCUUACGCCUUAUGAAAGGUGUAAUCUUCAAUAUAUCUUCAAUAUCUACCGAACUCACACAAAGUCACUGUCCUUGGCGCCUGGCCUCUCAAUUAGAGAAAAGGGUCUAUAUUAACUAAAGAAUCACAAACCUAUUGUUUGAAACAUAUCCUCAUAUGGGCGGCAGGUAGCCUAAAUGGGUGGCAGGUAGCCUAGCGGUUAAGGGCGUUGGGCCAGUAUUUGAAAGAUCACUGGUUCGAAUCCCUGAGCCGACUAGGUGAAAAAAGUAUGUUGAUGUACCCUUGAGCAAGGCACUUAACCCUAAUUGCUCCAGGGUCGUUGCCAAUAAUGGCUGAUCCCUGGCUGUGACCCAACUCUCUGAGGGUGUCUCAGGGGGAGUGGGAUAGGUAAAAAAAAAAGAAUCCUAAUAGGACAAAUGUUAUCACCAUUAUUAUUAUAUCCAUAAAAGGUAUAAUAAAGUAGAAUUCCACCAACGGACCUUCCCAUUGCUUCUGAAAUAUAAAUCUAUUUGAUUUGCAUUGUCAGGUAGCAUGGUUCUGCAGAGUGUCUUUUGAUAUUUAGAAUAAAAGUCGCCUGGUUUUCAACCUUCCCAAGUUCUCCCAUGUCACCCCGCUCCUCCACACACUCCGCUGGCUUCCAGUCGAAGCUCGCAUCCACUACAAGACCAUGGUGCUUGCCUACGGAGCAGCAAGAGGAACUGUCCCUCCCUACCUUCAGGCUAUGCUCAAACCCUACACCCCAACCCGAGAACUCCGUUCUGCCACCUCUGGUCUCUUGGCUCUCCAACCUCUACGGGAGGGCUGCUCCCGCUCAGCCCAGUACAAGCUCUUCUCCCCCUUCUAGCACAGACUUUGCUGAUAACUACUAUAUUGAGGAAAAGUGUACUUUCUAUGCCUGUAAUAUAUGGUUGUCCCACCUAGCUAUCUUAAGAUGAAUGCACUAACUGUAAGUCGCUCUGGAUAAUAGCAUCUGCUAAAUGACUAAAAUGUUAAAUGUAAAAAAAGUGAGUCCUCUGCCCUCCCUCAGUGGGCUGGUCACACUGUGAAGUCUGGAAUAGAUGACAUGCUCAGUGGAGAAAAACCCAUAGGUAGGAAAGCUUCUGUAGGAUUUGUUUUUUCAAGGCUUCUCACCACCUGCAGAAGUUUACUUUAUCUUGUGUGAGCGUGUCAACAUGGUCUCUUUCCUUUGUGAGUUUUGUAAGUAUUAGAUUGAUAAAGUAAGUGACUAGAAGUGCAUCAAUCUUCCAUUGACAGAAAUAGUGAAGGCCAUUGCCUGCCUUUCUCUAGAAAGCUGAAGUGUAAUUAACUUUAGAAAGCAACAAGGCUCCAUCUUCCUCCCCUGUAAUAUUAUCAGCAGUAUAAUUGAUGACCUAGAUAUUCCAAAAAGAUGUCCCUCUCAAAUUACUGAAGCGAAAGUAUGAAAAUGCCUUGUUUUGAGAUUAAUGAACCUGCACGGGGACCGUCUUCCACUUUAAAUUAAAUUCUUAAAGAUCCAUUAUUCAAAUGGUGUUGUGUCCAAGUCAGAGGGAGAUAAUGGUGUGUCCUCUUGAUUGCAACAUAGCUGCAUCAAACAUGCCGUGCCCCAAACAUGGAGCAUACUCUUUAAUGGGGAAUAUGUAGAUGGGUAAAUAAUAAUCCUCUGACUUCAUCACUCUUCCCUGUCUACUCCUUCCUGUAUGAUACUGCAUUAGGCCAUUUUAUUAAAGCAUGAAAUACAGUGUAUUAUACUGUGUAAUUAAAAUAUCCAUAACACACACCAUCCUAGUUAGUUGUAUAGCUAAAUGCUCUGCUUGCGUCUAUGUGCUAGUGUAGUGAGGCAUGUGUUAAACUCAGUCCAUUACAUAUGUAGUUUAAUUGGCAGUAUAUGGUUGGUUCAGGGGUUCUAUAACUACGCUAACCUUAACCUCGUCCUCAUGUGAAUACUGCAUAUGCCUUGCUACAUUACUUCUGAGUGUAUGUAUUUUGUCUCGCAACAUUUUUAGAACAUUUGGCUCCACAUCAACAAGGUCAGGAUGUGUUGUGGUGUAGUCAUGGUACCCUAACAAGCAUGCAAGUCAAACAAGGCACAAUUGGUUGGAUUCCUCCAGCCAAUGCCAAGGCCAGAAUUCCAAGGCUGUGUUUCUAGAGGCGUCUGAGCAGAGAGAGAGAAUGUCUAGCCAGUGCUCGAGUGCUGCAGAGUCGGAUUCUAAUCACUCUAAUCAUGAUUCAAAAGCAUGGAUGAAAAUUAGCCAAUAAAGUGGCUUUUGAGGAAAAUAAUUUGGUAAUGCCAGGGGCUAGCCCAAAUGAGCUGUUGAGUAACUUUCUCUGCAAAGGGAUUUAGAAGUUUUGGAGAGUAUGUAGACCCUGAUAAUUAUGCUGCUGUGUAACAUGACUGACUGUUGGUUGAGGCAUAGUGCUUGCAACACCAGGGUUAAUGGUUUGAUGUUUGCAUGGGCGACCUACUGAACAUAAAUGUGUUAAAUAAAUGUAAGUUGCAAUGGAUAAAAGUGUUAUGCUAAAUUACAAUAUAACAUACCUCUUCUGUGCAGGCACAGUUCUGGUGGAGAAUAUGCAGAUCAACGGGAGAGCAGAGGACCCAGACAGGACCAUCUCGCUGAUCCUGCUUGACAACUAUGCCUACUGGGUCAUCCUGGAUCCCCUCAGACAGAGACUGUUCCUCAACAGCACCGGACGUGUCCUGGACAGAGAUGUGAGUAUGGACUUGACGCCAGGUUGGGUUGGGUUGGGUUACUGUAGUUAGUAGAGGCAAAGGGUUUUACAUAAAAAAAAUUGAAACACAAAUACAGACACACUUGCCUACACACACACACGGAUCCACUGAUACUUAAAUUGUAUGCAAUCACAUUGUAAGCUUUCCAAAUCGCAUUGAUAUUCCAAGUAUUUUUUAAUCAUAAUUAUUAUAAUAUUUUUUUUGGGGGGGGGGGGGCUGCUGCUGCAUGCUGGAAAUGGUCGUCAAGAAAUCAUAAAUGUUUGACUGUUUUUCACAACGAGAACAGUUUGGCCACUGUAAAUACUGGUUUCAAAACAGGUCCAAGAAAGCUUGAAGCACUAGACAGAUCCCACUGUUUUGAGGCUCCUGGAUUGACUGCACUGCAAUUUCCUCAUUGUAAGGAAAAAUCUGUUCUGUUGGAUUGAUUUGAAACCACUGGCUUGGAGCCCAUUCACCACUUCUCUGUUCAGAGUCUGUUAUGGUGUCUACAGAUUGUAACUGUAAAAUCCCGGGACACUGUGAGGUAGAAAAGCGUUCUUUCUGUGGUUGUGUCGGAAACAUUUGGAACUAAUCAUCUACUGAGUGCUUUCGAGCAGUGUGACAAUGUAUUUUUUAUGAUGAUUACAUAAUCAUCAGUUUAUUGAUUGGUUUAUUGAAUUGGUUGAUUGAUUUCUUGUAUCUCUUUCUCGCUCUUUCUCUUGCGCUCUCUCUCUCUAUCUCUCUGUCUCUCUCUCUCGCUCUCUUUCUCACCCUCAGCCCCCCUCCUCUAUCACUACAAUCGUGGUGAAGGUCCAGUGCACCAGUGAGCUGGUUGGGACAGUGAUUCUCCACGAGGUCCGCAUUGUAGUCAGGGACAAAAACGACAACACACCUCGCUUUCAGCAGCCGCGCUACUAUGUGGCCAUCAACGAGGUGAGAGAGAGAAAGAGUUACUACAACAGUUGUUGCUUUUUGCUUUAGUGAGCAUUUCUUUCUCCCCUGGGUAAGUAAUUCAGCCUGGCAUGACCCUUCCCACAGAGGUCAGCAAAACCCAGAGGCCUUACAGAAAGUGACUCCUAUACUGACUACUGUUGAAGCAAUUAUGUAGUACAUUCAUGCUUCAUUCUUUCAAAUACAAAGAAAGGUCAAGGUUUGGUCGUCAUUGAAAUGAAGGACCUACAUAGUUAGAGUCAAAGCUUUGUUGAUGUAGGAACAGUGGAAUAGAGUGUAGACUAUGCUACUCUGCAGCAACAGGAGUAUUCUGCACUGUGUUCCUUCAUCUUUUUUAUCUCUGUUUUUUACUCUGUUAUGCCUUCUGCACGGAGACAGAGUAAAACAUGACAACAGCUAUUCUACGCAUGUUAGGCACCAUCUUCCCAGGAUAACAAAACAAUAGCAGAUCCUCAGAUCUCCAGGAUAUCUGUUCUUCCUCUAGUGCAUGAAAUUGCUCUGACGCAUGGAUGGUAGCACGCUAGUUAUGCAUUCCCAGUGAAUCAUGGGGUUCCUGUCUGUGUGCUCUGCGUGAUAUAGAUGUCACCAUACUCCCUGUCUGCCCCAGAGAGCUCAACAAUGAUGCUUUUGACUAACAUCAUCAGCUCAGUGUGUGUGAGUGUGUGUGUGUGUGUGUGUGUGUGUGUAAUAUCCAAUGUAAAUAGGUAUGCUAGUGUGUGCAUGUUUUAUUUAAAACAAAGUGAUAGCUGCGUGAGUCAGUACUCUCCCUACCAAUCCAAACAGAGAGCACAGUGGAAUAUCAACGGGUGGGUCUAAUGCUAAUUAGUUAAAACUGCAGUUCCAGCCGGUGUCUUUUCCACAAGUUACCACCGGCUAAAUCUAUGACGUUAAAAUGCCUAUUUACUCUGUUCCAUCUGACUGCACAAUCCACUGUCUCGUCAGCCAAGCCAGGCAAUUUAUAAACUUGAUCUCCACUAUUAAAUGCAUCUAGACAUUAUCUCACAUUUCUUUCAGACUAACAUUUAGUUUUCAACAGCGGAGAUUUGUAUAAACAUUGCUGUCUGUCUCUCCGACAUUUGCAACAUUGUUUCAAUAUUCAAAUUCCAUCUCCCCCAACUAAUGAACGUGUCGGGAGUCAGAAUGAGACAGACAGGCAGGCAGCUUUUCUCAGCCAGUUGAAAUCAAGAAUCAGCAUCAUUUUUAUGGAUAUUUACAAAGAAAUGUCAAUAGAAAACAGGUAAAACAAAACCAAGUGCAGCUAGUUUGCAGUCUUUCCAGCUUCAGUUUGAAGUGAUUAUGUUAGUUGUGUUGUUGGCGAGCUCCUCUGAACAACAGUGUUCUGACAAGAGAUCACAUUUUCUAUGCCAGGUGAAAUUGCGCAUCAUUAGCUCAUUGUUAUGGAUGUAUCCAAAUAAAUGUCACUAGAAACAGCUUAAACAAAUGCAAAUGCAGCUACUUUGUUGUUAUUCUGGCUGCACUGUUUGACGUGACUGUAAGUUACCCGUAGUUGGCUAGCUAGCAAGCAAGGGAUAAGAACGUUGCCAGCCAAUAUGGCAAUAGAACAUUUACAACGAAAGACUGGGUUCCGUCUCUGGCAACCAAACCGAUAGAACGAACAACCAGCCGGCUUGGGUAGCAACCCUAGAUUUGUGUCGGGACUAUAUCUUGUGGAAGGAUUAAAUAGUAUGAAUAAAUUCUUUAAAAUAACGUUUUUAAUGAAAAUAUGUUAAUCAUUAUUUGAAUAUGUUGGUAACCCGUUGUAUAAAAGUGACAAUUCCCCCGAAGCCGGUGUUUGGAGGAUAUAUUGGCACGGUUAACAACACCCGUGCUAAUAUAUCCUCCAAACACCGGCUUCUCAGGCAUUGUCACUUAAAUGUUUUGUGUUAGGCAUCACUGUGUUUAGUAUAAUAUGUCUAAUCAAAAACAGCCAGUGAUAUCUACACCUAUAGCAAAUUGACUUUUGUCUGCAUUUUGCAUAUAUAUUUUUUUUUUUACCACAAACUGUUAUCUACCUAUGUUAGAAAGAAACUUACAUUUUUACCAAAAGGUCUGCAGAACUGAACAAACAAGCUAAUUAUGUGGAUACAGUACAUGCAUACACCUUUGAAGAUUGAUUUUAAUCUCCUACAUUUGCUGAUAUAGCUCGCUGAAAUUACCAUAGUUCUCAUCCAUCAUAUCUCACAGCUGUCAGAGGAAAAUAGAAGUUAUAGUUCAAUACAUUUCAUUUAAUAUUGAGUGUCGCUGACAAAUACACUAGCUCUUCCUCUGUUUCUCUUUUCCAAAAUGUCAUCACUGUACAACUACAAUACAUUAAUGACACUAGACAUGUCUUAUUACAGAUGUUGGAUCUUAAUUUCAGCCAGUUUGCAACAGCAUGAUAAGAAUCCUGCAGCAACAGGAAAUAUAAACUAUUAUGUGGAUUAUAAUUAAUGGACAUUUUUGUAGGGGUUGAUACAUUUUUCAAUAGGGCAAAUCAAGUCUGAAAUUUCAAAGUGGAAAUUACUAACUUUAGAAGGCUUUUUAAACCUCAAAUACACUUACAAUUUGCAGGAAAAAUUCUCAGCAAAAAAAGUGAACAAAUGAAGAUCCUACAUCUGUAAGACGCCUGUAUUGAGAGCCUCCGAGUCAGACAACCAUGACUUUUGUCUCAUUUGUUGACACUUCCUAUGUUCUUCACACUAAGUACCUGUCAGUGUGUGUUAUCCCAGGAAACAUUACUCCCUGAACAGUGUUCUGAAUCAGACUCCACUGCUGUCAAACCUCUCCUGAACUGAGCUCAACUCCCCUCGGGCCCCCAGGUGCUUUAGAACACAGCUCUCUGGAGGCCCCUCUCUCUGCAGCAUCUCUCUGAGAGGUUGCUAUGGCUGUCAGUGGGGUGCAGAGGCCCUCAGAGAGAAAUAUUCAUCCAUGGCUGCUGACGACAAUGUUUUCAGUUCAAAUCAGUGCAUUCAUUCACUCUUCCUAACAACAAAGGUCUCCACUUCUCGCACUUCUGGCAGUAUUUGGCCAUCUUCUAUAGAAGACACUGUGUUCCUGCGAUCUUGGGAGGGGUCAGUAAUAUCAGUGAGAUGUAGCAUAUAAAGUUGUUACAAUGUCCAGACAGAGGGACAUGCCUGUUGACAGUAUUCUUUCUCAAUCUCUGCCUCCAGCUCACUCCUGCCGGGACCACCAUAUUCACAGGCUUUAGUGGAGACAACGGGGCCACAGACAUCGAUGACGGGCCCAACGGACAGAUAGAAUAUGGCAUCCAGUACAACCCCAACGACCCAGUACGUGGAUGUAAUGCUUACUGACUGCAGAUUGUGACUUAAUGAAGCUAUACGACAAUGGGACAGUGGAACAGUGUCUGUUGUCAAUUAAACCUAUGACUGAACACUGUCUGUAUCUCACUCUCACUCCCCCCCACCCUCUCUCUCUCUCCCUCUGUCUCUCUCUCUCUCUCUCUCUCACACACUCUCUCUCCCUUUCUGUCUUUCUUUCUCAGGUGUCUAA